CUACCCUCCCUUAAUAACAACCCACCCGCUUUGAGCAUCUGGCUAAAUAGAAGGAGCAAGUCCUUGUAAGUCACUGUUGAGGGACAAGCUUGCAGGCAGCAAAAGCAAACGUGUUAUCUCAAGGGACAACCCAGGGAGGCAGCAAGUUUAGUUCAAAUCUUUAAACCAGUUUCAAAGUCUGAGUGGGUGUGAGGACAGAGCUGGAGACAGGUCAUCCUUUUGGCAGCUGCCAAAAUGUGGAAAAGGGCGAAAAACUCAGGUCCCACCGCAAGACAAAGUUUCUCCAUUGUUCAUCGAUAUAUUCAACAUUUUAAUGAAGUGUCUGGCAACAAGACAGCUCUCAUCCGUAAGAGAUCUAAGACUCCUGGAGUGAUAAUCACACAGUAUGAGGUAAACAUACCAGAAGGAAAAAGCACACCAGAUUUCCAACUUAAACCAGUUCCAGUGACCUUCCAGAAAGGAAAAGUAGCCGUUUUUAAGGCUGUGGUGAAAGGAGAUCCAAAACCAGAGGUGUCAUGGAGAAGAGCUAAGGGGACUACCUCAGAUAAGGACAAAUUUCAGAGCAAAUAUGAUGAAUCAACUGGGGAGUACAGAUUUGAGAUUCACCAUGUGUCUGCUGCUGACACCGACACAUACACAUGCAAUGCUGUGAACAAAUAUGGUAAAGCUGUAUGUACAGCAACAUUAAGUGUGACUGGGGAUAGUACAGAUGGUGUUGAAGACCUUAAUUUGAUUCUCAAGAAAAUGGAAGAGAAGAAAAAGGAGCGAAUGCAAAAUAUGAGUAAGGAUGAUCCAGAUGAAGACGAUGAUGAUGAUGAUGAUAAUGCAACAGACAAACACUGUUUUAAGAUUGGUAAAAGGACAAAGGACUUCACGAUUAAAAGCUUGAUACAAGAAAGUAUGGGAAUCAUGAAUCAGGGGGAUGUUGAAAGGCUCAACCUCCUCGACACAGGCCUGAAUCAAGAAGAUGCUGAAGAGUUCAACCUCUUCCUUAGAGAGUUCAAACUAUCAAAUGUGGGAUUUGUUAUUAAAAUCCAGGAGACUAAAGUGCAAGAAAGAGAUGACGCUCUCUUUGAAUGUGUCCUCACACACCCACUAUCCAGCGUCACAUGGAUGGGCAAGGGCAGCACUCUGCAGGAUGGAGAAAAAUAUAACAUAACAGUUUCGGAUCAUAAACUGAUCCACCGGUUGUUGGUCAAGGACUGCAAGAAGCAGGACAAAGGCAUCUAUUCAGCUGUGGCUGGCAUUACAUCCUGCAGUGCCUGGCUGGUUGUGGAAGCUUAUAGUGAGCCUUCAUCUGCUUGUAAGACAAAGCCUCGUAAAUCUACAGCGGUUGGUGGAGCACAGAAUGACCUUGAGAAAGUGGCCAAAGAGCAACUUCUAAAAAGCCAAAAGGAGAUGGAGAGGAUUCUAGCAGCUGUAAAGGCAAGGCACGAAGCAGGACAACUCAAAAGAGGAAAUACCUUUACCACAGGUGGAAGGGAUGGUGGAAACACAGCACUGGUCACUGGUCUGGGUAGAAAUGCUGGAGCAGUAAUGGACAAGCCUGAGGCAGCAAGAGCCAGUGCUCUCUCUGAGCAAACAGGACACCAAGAGAAAGUAAAAACAAACAACGCAAAGGGAGAUGGAAUUUCACCAAAAUUAGAUGGUUCGGGGUGUGUAACACAAACAGAAGCGCCAGUGACAGUCAGUGACCGCAGGACCAUCAAAUCAGAUCAAAAGGAUUUCAACAAAUUAACAGGUGAAAUAUUUUAUAACGGACAUACCACAGAUGCAGAUGAUGGAGGACAUUCUGAAGAAAGUGAGGCCUUCACAAAAUAUGCCGAUAACUCAAGAUUAAAGCAUGGAGAGAAAGAAAAUGGUCAAAAUGAAGACACUGAUUCAGGUGGAAACAAAAGACGCUCAAGGGGAACUAGGAAAAUUCAACGAAAACAAACAUCCACUCAGAAUGAAGCAGCAGGGGACAAAGACGAAAGUGACAGUGAGGGUGAUGAGGACUCUAUUAGCCAAGUCAAGGAAGGAGACAACGAUCCAAAUGACGCAGCAAGUGACAAAGACGACAGUGACAGUGACAGUGAUGAGGACUCCACUGGCAAAUUAAAGCAUCCAAGUCAUACAAAGCAAAACCAACAGCUACAGACAGGAGACAAUGAACGCAGUGACUGUGAUGAGACUGUUGAUGCCACUGGCUCUGCCAUACAUACAAGGCGUAAAAGGCAAGGCCCACUGAUAGAACACCUGGUGAUAGAUCAAGGGGUCCAGUUCAUCUAUGGAUUGUCUGAUGUCAGUGCCAUCAUCAAUGAGGCUGCUGAAUUAACAUGUAAGAUCAGCAAAGACGACUGUGAAGGAGCUUGGAUCAAAGAUGGCAAAAAGAUAUCCCCAAAUGAAAAUGUUAUUAUCACUAAAGAUGGUGCGAUCCAUAAAUUAAUGAUAAUCAGGUGCACCGAAGAGCAUUCUGGGAAAUAUCGUUUUGAAGCAGAUGGUCGAAAGACAGAGGCGAUGAUCAGCGUUGAAGAUCCCCCAAGGUUUGACCCUGAAGACCUCCAUGCUUUCACCGAGCCUGUAAAAGUGAAAGUGGGUCACAACGCCAUUUUCAAACUGCAUUUUGUUGGCCAUGAACCCAUAAAGGUUCAGUGGUACAGAGAGGGAGAAGAGCUACAAGAUGACAGCAACACAAAGAUAGAGAAAUCUGCAAGUCACAGCCACUUGCUUCUUAGCAGGUGCCAGAGGAGGGAAUCAGGAGAGAUCAAGAUCAAGCUCAAGAACGAACACGGCUUCACCGAGGCAGUUUCACAGCUAAUUGUGCUCGACAAACCCACAUCACCCCUGGGCCCUGCAGAGGUAACGAAGAGCUCAGCUAUAUGCAUUGAAUUUAAGUGGCGGCCGCCAAAGGAUAAUGGCGGCUCACCAGUGACGAACUACAUAAUUGAGCGUCAGCGAGUGGGACGAAACACCUGGAAGAAACUAGGGGAAAUUCCAGUAGUGCCCUGCUUCCGUGACACAGACGUGGACCAUGGCCGCAAAUAUUUUUACCGUGUCCGAGCAGUGACGGCGGAGGGCACAAGCGAAGUUAUGGAGACUGAUGAAAUGCAAGCAGGCACACUGGCGUUCCCUGGCCCUCCAGCAGCCCCACAGGUGGUCAGUGCCUUUGACGACUGCAUUAACCUUUGCUGGGCUUCACCUAGUAACAGAGGAGGUUCACGCAUCCUAGGUUAUAUUCUGGAAAAGCGCAAAAAGGGGAGUAAUCUCUGGACUGCAGUCAACACCCUGGAUGAGCUAAUAAAAGACAAGAAAUAUGCAGUAAAGGAUGUCAUGGCUGGUUUGGAAUAUGAAUUCAGAGUUGCGGCCAUAAACCUCUCAGGAGCUGGUGAAUUUAGCAACCCAUCAGAGUUUGUUUUUGCACGGGAUCCCAAGAAGCCACCUGGUAAAGUCACAGGCCUGAAGGUGACAGAAACUUCUUACACCCACUUGGUCCUGACCUGGACCAAACCUGUGGAGAAAACAGGGAUUCAGGAUGAAGCGAAGGGAUAUUUUGUUGAAAUUCGGCAUACGGAUUGCAUUGAUUGGUCGCAUUGUAACAGCAGUCCCAUCAUCACCACUUCCUACAGUGUGAAGGGCCUUAAGUCCAUGGCGAUGUACUGGGUGAGAGUGAUCGCGACUAAUGAUGGAGGAGAGAGUGCACCAGAGGAGCUGCCCAACUACGUCAUUGCAAUGCCCUCACCUGUGAGGCCAAAGUUCACUAACCGCAAGAUGAAGAGUUUUGUGGUAGUGAGGGCAGGAAACUCUGUCAGGAUCACAGUAAACUUCGAGGCCUCUCCAUGGCCAGAUAUUAUAUGGAUGAAGGAUAAUGUGCCCAUGACACAGCGAGCAACAAUAAGUAACUCUGAUGGCUCAUCCCAGUUGUUUAUUCCUUCCUCUGAGCGCUCUGAUUCUGGCAUCUACUCUAUUCUGGUGAAGAAUCUUGCAGGACAGGAGACAUUCAAUACAGAGGUCAGGGUCACAGAUGAUCCAAAGGCUCCUGGGCUGGUAGAACUGGAGGAAAACGUGCCAGGAACAGUGACAGUGAUCUGGGAACCUUCACCUGAUGAGAAGCGCGAUGACCGCCUUCACUACAUGGUGACCAAACUAGACUCUACCAAGCAAACGUGGACCACAGUGGCUGAACGACUCUUCAAUCAUAAGUUCACAGUCUGCAACAUCAUGCUCGGCAGGGAGUAUAAUUUCCGAGUGUAUGCCAAAAAUGACAUCGGCGUAUCUGCACCCUCUGAGUCACCGACCUGGGGGAUGGAGAAGAAGAACGAAAAGUUUGUCCUAAAAGUACCAACCAGGAAGGACUGUGAUCUGCGAUGUGCUCCAACCUUCAUCGUUCCCCUGAAGCUUCGCACUGCACCCAAAGGCUAUGAGUGCUAUAUGAGCUGUGCAGUGAAGGGAAAUCCCAAACCUCGUAUUACGUGGUAUCGAAAUCACAUCAGUCUAAAUACUAAUACCAACUACUACAUCUCCGAAACCUGCGGCGUUUGCACCAUGUUGAUCCUCUGCAUGGGCCUCAAAGACAUGGGAGAAUACACCAUCUGUGCAGAAAACGCCCUGGGACGAGCUGAAUCCUCCACAAUCGUUAGUAUCAGAGAGUGAAAAACUACAAAUACCAUGAUGUGAAAAGUAUUUGAAAAAUAAAAGUAUUGGAAUUGAAGAUUUAUCGAUCAGAAUAUUUGAGUUGUAGUGGUUUUCCUGCUUGGAUUUACUGAAGAACAUCAAAAGAUACGAGACUGUUGCAGAAAUGACACCUUAAAACAAAAACAAUACAAAAAAUCAUUGCAUUUGUGCAUCUCUUGAAAAUUAUUAACUGUGUGUUUGGUAAAUAAAAUCAGA